CCUGGCCGGGCCCUCGGCGCCGCCCCGAGGCCGCGCCGCGCUUCCGGGGCGGGCGAGGGGCUUCCGCGGGGGCGGCGGCCCGGUUCGUCUUCCGGCCCGGUCCCGGCUCCGGUCCCAGCCGCGGCCCGGCCCGGCCCCUCCGCCGCCGGGAUGAUCAGCGCCAUCCUGGUGUUCAACAACCACGGCAAGCCGCGGCUCGUCCGCUUCUACCAGCGCCUGGCAGAGGAGGUCCAGCAGCAAAUUAUCCGAGAGACUUUCCACCUGGUCCUCAAGCGGGAUGACCACAUCUGCAACUUCCUGGAGUGCGGCAGCCUGUUUGGUGGCUCGGAUUACAAGCUGAUCUACCGCCACUAUGCCACGCUGUACUUCGUGUUCUGCGUGGACUCCUCGGAGAGCGAGCUGGGCAUUCUGGACCUCAUCCAGGUGUUUGUGGAGACACUGGACAAGUGCUUUGAGAAUGUCUGUGAGUUGGACCUCAUCUUUCACAUGGACAAGGUCCACUACAUCCUGCAGGAGGUGGUGAUAGGGGGCAUGGUGCUGGAGACCAACAUGAACGAGAUCGUGGCGCAGGCAGAGGCCCAGAGCAAGCUGGAGAAGGCCGAGGGAGGCCUCUCGGCAGCUCCUUCCCGUGCCGUCUCCGCUGUGAAGAAUAUCAACCUGCCGGAGAUCCCUCGCAACAUCAACAUCGGAGACAUCAACAUCAAAGUGCCCAACCUGUCGCAGUUUGUGUGAGCAUCCCUAGGCAGGCCGGGCGGGGAGGGCUGUCCGUGCACGCGGGCUGUGGCCUGGCUGCCUCCCCAGCUGAGAGGAACCAGUCUCAGCUGGACUCCCUCUGCCUGUCCCGGGUGUCCCCUCUGCCUGUCCCAGGCCCUGGCCUCGCCCGUGCAGCUCAUGGAGGGCCAGGUGUGCUGCCAGCGUGUGUGGACUGAUGGGGUGUGUGGGGCCGGUAAGGUUGGGGUGGUGCUGCUUGCUGUGUGUCUCUCACCUUGGACCUUGAGCUCAGCUGUGGUCCCUGGUCUCCCUAACGACAAGGGUGGCCUUUCUUCCCCUCCCUCCCUCCCAGGUGGAUGUGUAGCCCCUCCUUUAGCUGUGGUGGGAAAAGCCAAAGCCUGUCUCUCCCAGCACUUCUGGAACUCCUCGUUUUAAAAAUGCAUCUAUCCCUGGUGGCUCCUGGAGGAGCCCUGGGUUGUCCCUCUCCUCCACCCGCCCCGGGCUGGGGUGUUCUGACGGGUCUGGCGUCCCUGUGCCCCACUGCUCCUGCUCGCUGGGUGAGGGCCCUCUGCCAGGAGAUCUGUGCCAGCCUGGUGGGGGUUGGUCACCUGUGCUCCCGCUGGGCUGCUUGCUCCGGGCAGAGGGAUGGUUCUGCUGUACGGGGGGACGCUGGCAGCGAGGGGGAGGAUGGCAGAGCUGCGGCUGCCUGAGCAGGGCGGGACGGAGCAGCCAGCCUGCCGUGCAGUGGGCUGGGCUGGGCCGGGCCUGCCGCUGUGUCCCCAGGAUCAUGGGCGUGGGCACGGAGAGAGGCCUGAAGCCUUCCGGAGAACAUCCCCAGUCCUAAUAAACCACUGUGAAAAUCUG